AUCAGUAGAUCACUUAUCAAAACACGAUAAACAACAAAAUUCACAAUGAAUUACAUAAACAUUCUUGCUACAUGUCUAUUACUCCAAGUAACAUUCAUAACAGGAUCGCAAUUCCUGCCAUCGGUCCAAGCACCUGUUGCAUUUCGACAAUUCUUUCCACCGAGCGUCUUCCCGUAUGCCAGUAGCGUAGCUACAGGAAUUUUACCAGCGCCUGGAGUGUUAGCUCCAACUGUAUAUUCCGCCCCAUUAGUACCAAAUGUGGGACCUGCCGUUGCUCCAGUCGUUCCUCGAGCUGUCGUUCCGCCUCCAUUUGCUGGAUAUGCAGGCCCUCUUCUUCCCGCUCCUGCUGGACUGCAAGCCAGAUCCAUCCAUGCCGUGGCUCCUGCUGCUGUUCCUGCCGUGGCACCAGCUGCUUAUCCAGAAGUAGCUCCUGCUGUAGCUCCGGUUGCAUUUGCAAGGUGAUAGCAAUGCUUCAUAGGUAUUAGAAAUAUUGUACAUAAUUUUAUGUGAAAUAUACUUUUCCACAAUAAAUAACAUUUUUAUAA